AUGGGCUUCCAGAAGUUCUCUCUCUUCCUAGCUCUCAGCAUCUUGCUCCUGUACCAGGCUGGCAGCCUCCAUGCAGUGCCAUUCAGAUCUACCUUGGAGAGCAGCCCAGACCUGGCCACCCUCAGUGAGGGAGACCUGCGCCUUCUGCUGGCUGAACUAGUGCAGGACUACGUGCAGAUGAAGGCCAGGGAGCUGGAGCUGGAGCAGAAACAAGAAGCAGAGGACUCCAGUGUGGACAGCUCCAGAUCUAAGCGUUGUGGGAAUCUGAGUACCUGCAUGCUGGGCACGUACACGCAAGACCUCAACAAAUUUCACACAUUCCCCCAAACUGCGAUUGGGGUUGGAGCACCUGGCAAGAAAAGGGAUGUGGCCAGCAACUUGGAGACAGACUACCACCCUUAUUAUCACUGCCCAGAAGAGAGCCUGUAA